AUGGACAACAGCAAGAGCGGUGCACUCACGCCACCUUCAACACCUGGCAAAGAUAAUAAUAAUAGCGCGAGUCAUGUAUUGAUAGGCAGUUCAAUGACAACUUCAAAGAAGAAGAAGAAGGUUACGACAUUUGUUGAUAGCGAUUAUGAUGAUGAAGAUGAUGAUAAUAUUGAUGAUUUCGUGUUUCAGACACCAGCUCUCAUAAGGGAGAUGCCGCCACCAUCAUCUGCAUCACGACCUACCCCCGAGCAGUUCGUCUUUGACGUGCAUCUAUUCAGCGAGAAGAAGAAGAAUGUGUCGCAUACCCCACGAUGUCCCUCGCCGCCACUCAAGCUCACUCCAGCCAGUCGCGUCAUGUCAUUCAACUCGAACGUUCCCACCGUGCACCAUCUCGCAUUGUCAUCGCCCGUGGUCGUGCCGCCACCCACCGCUUCAGAGCCCUCCCCAGCAACUCUGUCCGUAGGACUCUUUAGCAGUUUGAACAGUAACAGCAGCAGUAGCAGCAGCAGCGAACAACGCAUCGGAUCAGUGUUUGAUCACAACUUUGAGAUCGUGGCACGACUAGGCAGCGGAUCAUUCUCAGACGUGUACAAGACGCAGUCAAAGCAAGACAGGAAGUUAUACGCUGUGAAGCAGGCGAGACAUCAGUUCAGAGGCUAUCAGGAGCGCGACCGAGCGAUACUGGAGGUGAAGAACGCCACCUCGCUGGCGCCACACAACAACAUUGUACAGUAUUACAAUUGCUGGGAGCAGGCCGGCAUCCUGUACAUUCAGACGGAGCUGUGCGAGCGAGGCACACUUAAGGAUCUGUUGGACAUGGUCGACGAGGCCACCGUGCUGCCUGAGGAGCUCGUUUGGAACCUGCUCCUCGACUGCUGUCUCGGUGUGCAACACAUCCACCAGGCCAACAUGCUGCACCUGGACAUCAAGCCCGAGAACCUCUUCAUAUCAUCACAUGGUCGUCUCAAGAUUGGCGACUUUGGCAUGGCCGUGCAACUUGUCGAGCAGCCGCAACAACAACAACAACCUCAAAAGGAUGCAUCUGGCGAUACAAAGCUCAACACUAGCAUAUCAAGUGAUGGCGGCGACAAGGACAGCAACAACCUGAGUAUUGACGAGGACGAUGUAUAUUUUGACUUUAUCGAAGGCGACUGCAGAUACCUGGCCAUCGAGUUCCUCAACGACAAGAAGCAGAUUGGCAAGCCAUCGGACGUCUUCUCGAUUGGCGUGACGUUUUUCGAGAUGAUCACCGGCAAGGAGAUGCCCUCCAAUGGUCCACUCUGGGAGCAGCUUCGUAGCGACCGAGCCUACGAGUUCCUGGACGAGACCAAGUACUCUGGUACCCUGUACCAAUGCAUCCUAGCCAUGAUGAGAACCAAUAUAACUGAGCGAUUGACACUGGAACAGUUGUUCACAAUUCCCAUAAUCACAAACCUACUACAACAACGAAACAACAAUCCCGACUCAACCAACUCAACACUACUAUCGAUGUUACCAAAUCCAAUGCAUAUACACUCGCCUGAGGAUCAGCUUAGGAGCAGCGGCAAUAACUUCUCACCGACAAUAUCCAAAGGCAACUUUAUACCAAAGUACACCAACAACAAUCUAAAUCUAAGUAGUAGUAGUGGAGGUGAUAUAUCAAUGCAUGAGAGCACUGGUGGUAUACCAUAUUAUCAGCCACAAGCACAACAACAACAGACACAACAACAACAACAGACAAUGGUACAAAAGACAUCACUAAAGAGUAUGAAGAGAGUGCUACAGGAUUCGAAUGAUGGAGGUUCAUCACAAAAGGUGUGCGCCAUUCGAAGGAGCAUGGACACUCAGGAGGACUUGACCAUGUCGCCACGUAAUCUGCUAAGUGUAAGUAAUCGUAACACCUCAUGA